CCUUAUAGUGUGUAAAUGCAUCAUUGUCGGUGUAUCAUUCAUUAAUCGGUAAAACAGGAACUGAGGGCGUUAUCAGAGGUUAUGUGUUGACGUUUGACUAUCGAAGUAAUGUAAAUAUUCCAUUCUAUAUUACAUUAUGAUGAUGAAAUGUUAUAGGAGAUUCGAACGCCAAAAAUGAAAACUGUAUCUAAGCCAUUGUUCUAUUUGUAAAAAAUACGAUAGUGGUGCAGCUUCUCUAAUAAAUAUUACUAUUUAUGAAACAAAGUAAACAUAAUAUAAAAAUGCAGUUAAAUAGUGAAGACACAUCUGAGCGAAGAUUUGAGAUUGAAUGCAAACUUGAAGCAGAGAUUGCUGUUUUGGAAGCUCUAAAAGAGGUACAAGAGCAAAGUAAAAAAUUGACCAGUGGUAUGGUAGCUAUCCUUACUUCCUUAGAAGAUAGAUUAGCUACAUUACGCCGUACUAUACUUCCAGUUUAUAAUGAAACUGGAAAUCUUCAGGCUCAGCAGCAUAAUAUAGAGAAAACUUUGACGAUACUCGAUCAUGCUAUUGGAUAUUAUGGGGUUUGUCAAGAAGUAGAAGGCUCGGUACGAGGAGGGCCAAACGGUGCUGGAGGCUUAGAUGCUUUUCUAGAAGCUAUGAAUCGUCUUUUCAACGCUCAACGCUAUUUCCAGAAAAACAACCCCAGCUCAGUUGAACUUGAAAAUGUCACUACUCUCUUUGAUGUAGGACUUGAAUCACUUUAUGCUGAGUUUCAUGAUAUUUUAGCAAGACAAAGCAAACCAGUCCUACCUAUAGUUUUGCUGGAUUUGAUAGGUUUGGAUGAGGAUACAAGUAACGAAGAUUCACCACAAUCUUUGUGCCAGUUACCAGAAAGUGCACUUGCUGACCUGAUUAAAAUAUCUGGAUGGCUUGAAGAAAGAGGACAUCGUAGACAUGCCAAGUUGUACUCAUCUGUACGUUCAGCAAUUGUUCUUCGAUCUUUGCAAUUGAUGAAGGAACAUCAGAGAAGUGCCAGCGGUGGAAGCACUCAUGCUGCCAGUCCUAUGCCACGAGCCAAGUUUGCACAUCGUCAGUCUCUGGCAGCGGCAGCAGAGACUGCAGGUCGUCGCACAUCUCGACGGCUGCAGCUGGCGCUGGAGAAAAAGGCAAGCAAAAUGCUGCUGAAAGCUUCGCAAACGACGGGCCUGUCGUUUCCAAGUGCGCGCAAAUCUGUCUCGGGACCGAGCCAGUCAGGUCCUGACGACGCGGCGCCCGACGAGCAGGAGAUGGAAAACUACCUGUUGCUCGCCGCUGGCUUACACCGGCUUAUGCAAGCUGAGCGGACUCUCGUUGGGCGUAUUUUACCGGCAAGUUUGAGACUCCAGGUGCUCGAGGCGACAGUUCGCGAUGCAAUGGACCUCGUCGGUCAGGACGGAGAGAACAUCGCCGCGAGGGCCAAGCGCUGCAUCGCUCGGAGGGAUUUUAGCGCUGUUCUCGUGGUCUUCCCGAUACUAAAGCAUCUCGAGGAGCUCAAGCCGGAUUUGGAGAGGACCGUCGAGGGCUGCGAGUACGCGCUUAGAUCUAAAUUCGCAUCCGUUAUUCAGACCCUCACUGAUACUGGUGCGCAAGCACUUGAGUGCUUCGGGGAGAACGUGCGCAACGAGUCCGGAGCGGUUUUGCCCAAGGACGGAACCGUGGCCGAGAGCACAAGUAAUGUUCUGGUCUUCCUCGAACAGCUGACCGAGUACGCGGAUACCGUUGGCACCGUUCUCAAGCGACACAACGAGACCGACUCUUCUGGUGGUUCAAACUCCAAGCAAGCAGAGAGUCAGCAUCGGAUUGCUUUGGGCCUCUACAUAAAACGAGUACUGGCUCUGUUAAAUCUGGCAUUGGUGAGCCGCAGCGAUACGUCGUACUCGGAUCCGGCCCUUCGCGCGCUCUUCCGUCUCAACAACCACAACUACGUGAUCAAUGCGUUGCGGCGAAGCUCAUUAAUGGAACUACUGCUGCUGGCAGAACCUACAGCCGAGCAAACUUACCAGGAGCUCCUGUUGCGCGACCGUACCACCUACGUAGCUACGACCUUUGCCAAAGCCCGCGGUCACAUCGAAAAUCUUAAUGACGAGCCUGGCUCGAAGGUGCUGAAGGAGCGUUUCUCAGGUUUCACACGAGAGUUUGAAGAGGCCGCCAAGUUUCAGCGCAGCUAUGCAGUUCCUGACUCCCGUCUCAGAGAGGAGCUACGAAAGGAGCUGCGUCAAUCACUAGUACCGGCCUACACAGAGUUUUAUCAACGUUAUCGACAUACCUCUUUCUCUAAGAAUCCAGCCAAGUACAUUAAGUACAGCCCUGAACAGGUGGUUACUACUAUUGACACCUUCUUCGACACUGCCGCGUGAGUUAGGAAAAAUCGAUAGAUAAAGGGACACCGCGAGCAAAACUACCGCAGUGAGAGCUGCGCGGCAGUCAUGCUGGUAUCGAUACAUUUAGUCUGUCUCUUUCUCGAGCAAGCUUUGACUUUAUCAAUUGCCUCACAAAUUAAAGUUUGUACGAACGAUUAGAAAAAGAGUCGUAUGUAUCGCAACGUGACGAUGCCUGGACAGUGCAUGUUAUAUCGUUACGUCGCUAUGAAUGAUAUUAUAUUGUGUAAAAUUAGCGAGUAAGUGCAAAAUUUUUCUGUUACAACGUAAAAUAUUUAUUGUUAAAAUGCAAGUACGCGCACGCGAACACUGUAGGAUAACAUUGGUAUAUUUAUUUUUAUAAUGAUUCUGUUUCAUAAUAAAACAUACGACAGUGUAUAAUUUAAAAAGAGGAGAUUUAAUGUGGUAGUUUUGCUUACAGCUUAUUUCGACAGACGUAUGUUUUGAACAUGCAAGAGAUGACGCAGUAUCACUCAUUUAGUAAACACCCAUUUAAUAAAGCAAAUUUAGUUACAAUAUCUAUGGUUUUUUGUAAUCGGACUGAAACAAGUAUUAUUUCACCGCCCGUUUAAAAACGUAUAGCGGUGACAAAUUACACGUAAGAGACCUGUGUAAACUACACUUUACAUCAAACAUUCCAGUCCAGUCUCGUUUUCAUAUAUACUUUUUUAAUAUAUAUAUAAAAAAAACAAG